AUGGGUGCCGACGCCGCCAUUUCCUCUGGCCACGAGGCUUACAACCCCGACGGUCAGGUCGUGGAGAAGCGAGGACCUGGCGUCGACGACUACGAGACCAAGUCUAUCUCCAGCCAGGAAGAUGAGGCCAUCACGGAUCUCUUCACCAGCUUCCCCCCCAUCAAGGGCGCCGCUCCUGAGCUCAACCCUCUGACCUUUCGCGCUGUCUUCGUCGGCGUUGUUCUCGGUUCUCUAGUUAACGCUUCCAACGUUUACCUUGGUCUCAAGACUGGCUUCACCUUCAGCGCCACCCUUUUCGGCGCCAUCUUUGGUUAUGGUGUCAUCACCCUUCUCUGCAAGGCUCUCCCCAACACUCCUGUUCUUGGUAUGCCUUUUGGUCCUCAGGAAAACUCCAUCAUCCAGGCUGCUGCCAGUGGUGCUGGUGGUAUUGCUGGUCCUUUUGUUGCCGGCUUCCCCGCCAUGUACCGUCUCGGUGUCAUGACCAUUUCCGCAGACGGCCAGACAACACUUCCACAACAGCCCAAGAGCGACUACGGUCGCAUUGUCAGCAUUACAGUCAUCUGCGCCCUCUUCGGUCUCUUCGCUGCCAUCCCCCUCCGCAAGUUUUUCAUCAUCAACGUCGCCCGCGAGCUCAACCUUGUCUUCCCGACCCCUACAGCCACCGCCCUGAGCAUCCGCUCCAUGCACGCUGCUGGUACUGGUGCUGCUGAGGCUGCCAAGAAGAUCAAGGCUCUCUGCGCUGCCUUUGCCGGCGCCAUCACCAUCAUUGUUGCCGGAUCCUACGCUGAUGGUAUUUUGCACAACUGGCACCCCUUCACCUGGUUCUACCUCUGGGGUGGACGCAAGAACAGGACCCUCAUGGCUAUUGAAAGCUGGGGCUGGUACAUUCAGCUUACUCCCGCCUUCUUUGGAUCGGGUCUUCUUGUCGGUAUGAACGCUGCUCUCUCAUGGUGGGGUGGUACUUUCGUGGCCUGGGCCAUUAUUGGUCCUGUCUUAGUUUACUACGGCGAAUGCAAGGGUAAUGGCGGCGACGACGAAGGCUGGGAAGGUCUUGUCGACUACAACUCGCUGAAAAAUCUCGCAAAGCCGGGCUAUGUAGCAUCGCCUCGCUUCUGGAUGCUCUGGCCUGGUGUCGUUGUUCUCAUUGUUUACAGCUUGGUGGAGUUCGUCAUGCAUAUCAACAUUGUCUGGGACGGUCUUGUUUACGCUUUCCGCUCCAUUUGCGCAUCUAUCCAGGCUCGAAGCAAGUCACCCAACUCCGACUCCUUCAUUGCCAGACAGGCCGCCAAGAUCAACAACGACAGCAGUCUUGUUGAAGAUUUCGCUACCAAGGACCAGCAGGUUCCCGGCUGGUUGUGGUCGAUUGGUGCUCUCGUCAUGGUCGUCGUUGCUAUGCUUGUGUGCCACUUUGAGUUCGGCAUGAACCCUGGCCUGGCAGUCCUUGCUUGUGUUUUGGCCAUCAUCUUUGCCUUCCUGUCUAUCCACGGUGGUGCUGUCACUGAUAACACACCUCUUACCGCCUCCUCCAAGGCCUCCCAGCUUGUCUUUGGUGGUGUUACCAAGAACUCUGGCCAUACCAUCCUAGAAGCCCAACAGAUUAACCUCAUUGCUGGCAAUCUUGCUUCAGGAUGCGCCAACGUUGCCACGGAUCUAGUCAGCGAUUUCCGUGUUGGAUUCCUGCUCAAGACCCCUCCUAAGCUACAGUUUUAUGCCCAAGCUGUUGGUACCAUUGUUGCCAUCUUUUUGGCCCCGGCUAUCUUUGUGCUGUUCAUGGCUGCUUACCCUUGCGUCUGGGACCAGGCCGUCAUUGAAGAGUUCUCAAACACUCACCAGAAGUGUGCUUUCGCAGCACCUUCCGUUGCUGCUUGGGCGGCUGUUGCUCAGGCUGUUACCCUCCCUAGUAUUCCUAUUCCCCACAGCUGUGUCAUCUUCACCAUCGUCAUGGGUGUUGCUUGCGCUCUUCAAGCAGUGGUCAAGAACCUUUGGCUCACUGGACCUCGUGAGAAGUACCGCAACUACUUGCCCAACUGGAUGAGUAUUGGUGUCGCCUGGGUUAUUGGCACUGACAGUGGCUACGCCAACGCUGUCAUGGCUGGUGCUGUUGUUGCCCACUUCUGGAGGAGAUGGAACAAUGCCCAUUUUGACCUUUACGGCUAUGCUGUAGCUGCUGGUCUGCUUGCUGGUGAGGGUCUUGGUGGCGUCAUCAACGCUGCAUUGACACUGGGAGGCGUUUCUGGCGAUAAGAAGGGAACCAAGAUUGCUCUUCCCGGUGAAACGUGGUAG